AUGGACCCCCCGCCCGCACCUGUUGCACCUGCAACAAAGGAACCAAUGCAUAUCCCCACUGGGCUUCAUGCUUGUAUCAUGUACCUGAAUGAACAUCAAAAAGAGAAGGCGGUCUGGGAGGAGUGGGACAAGUACUGUGAAGCAGAGGCGGCAUACGAAGCAGAAAUGAAGGAGUGGAUGGUUGAGGACUUAGCCUAUCGCGAGAGGCUUCAGUGA